AUGGCUACAUUUUUUCACCUUCCUCGCGAGCUACGGGACAUGAUUUACCGGCUCUACGUCGUGUCCGACGGAGGCUAUGUCCUAAACCCCGAAUCGAACAGACUCAGAAAUGCCAUGGGCAGACCAAUCGACCUGGCCCUUACGUACACGUGCAAACGCAUUGCCGAAGAAAUGAGGGGCAUUGCACUGGAAGCGAACACCAUCACCGUUUCAACCUUUUACUCGCCAUACGAACGCCACAGAGCUAGAGACUUUGAUGUCGUCAUGACGAUGCUGCACGAUUCUCUACAAAGGGACCUCAAUCACGCAGAGCUUUUUCUCUGGGACGACAUCUGCGCUGAGAUCUCGGGAACAUUCCCACAGUUCACACCUGUACUCGACAUGAUCAAGCACGAUACAUGGCACAGUACACAGGGCCGGUCGUCCAAGCAAGGCCCAUGGGGUGAACCUCCCUCGGUCCACCGCGAUUUUGUGCGCUUUGCGCUGCAGACGAUCUCAAAUUUAGAUUACCGGCAUCGAUUUAAUGACGAGUUCGCAAAAGCCUUUUGCAAAAGAGAUGGCACCCGACCUCUUGUCGACUUGGAUCCGGCCCCUUGGAUGAUUCCAACUCAAUAUGAUCUCCGACAAAUGGUGGACGCGCUCGGCGGGAAGUCCUCGUUCAGAUCGUUUGGCUUCUUAGGCGGCUGGAUGGGCUCUGAAUCCGCUACACGACGUGCCAUGUAUCGUUAUUCUGCAGCAGCUGUUGCCAUCCGGUUUCUGGAGUCCAAUUCGCUAGAGACCCGAGCGCACCUGAGAGAUAUCGUGCUGAUCGAAGACCGGGAGUCUGUCUCGAACCCCGCGUGUCACGCCAUGGGGUUAAUCCCCUUUUGUCAAGAGAAUCCCGCCAUGCGGAUAGAGCGACGCGUCAGCUUGUGGCACAAUGCCUUCUUCUACCAUUCAAGUAUAUCAGAAGCAAUUGGUUGGCGGACGAAAGAAUAUCGACAACUGGAGGCCAACGAGAUAUCUUUCGCCGUCGCGCGCUGGGUCAUUGAGACCCUGCCACUUAUCCCCGCCGGCAUGCCCGCCAAGUCGUUCACAUUAGUCUUGGACGGAGAGGGCGAUCCGCAGUGUACAGAGAUCUUCCAGACUGUGGUUCUGCGCGACGCUGCUUGGCAGCAGGCGAUGGACGAAUGUUUCCAAAACGGCGAUCUUCCUCCAGAACCGUAUGGGAUGAGGAGAAACAGCCAGAGAAAUGACGUGGCCGCCAUCUGGUCCGCCUUCAACGAGUCUUAUUUAUUUGACAAGUUUCCGCUGGCAAUGCGAGAAAUCGUCGAAGGGACGUCCAUGGUUCGUUGCACUUUUGAUCCCGGCGAGAUUAUGGAUGUGCAGCGGCUCAAGUCAGUCGCGAAGCGGGAGUCAUGGAGUCUGGAUCACUGGAGAGUCAAGUGGUAUGAUCGCGAGAAGAAGACCUACAAACCUACUCCCCCAUUGCCUUCCUGGACCGCAAUUAAAGCUGGUUAUCUAUCUAAUCGUCAUGUUAGGCCCUUCCGCCGCUAA